AUGAGUUUUAGUGAUCCCGCCGCCGCGAACGCGGUGAACGCCACGAUCGCCGCGUUCGACGCGCUGGGCGUGAACGUCUACUUGCUGAGCUUGGACAUUCGAAAGGCGGAUGCCGUCUUCUUGAACGUGUGCGCGAUGUUAGUGUUCGCGGCGCAGAUAGGGUUCGCCAUGCUCGAGGUCGGAAGCGUGCGGGUGAAGAACACGAAGGGGAUCUUGUUGAAGAACGUGAUGGAUCUGUGCGCGAGCGCGGUGAGUUUCUUCCUGAUUGGGUACGGGUUGGCGCUGGGGAAAUCCGUCGGGGGCGGGGUCUUCGGCGGGCGCGUCGGCGACGGGUUCGCCAUGCGCACCGAUAAUUUGUCGGGUUCUGAAGCGACGGGGGACGUAGUGGUGUCGUACACGCAGGCGUUUUUUACGAUGUGUUUUUCGGCGACGUCGGCGACCAUCGUGAGCGGAGCCGUGGCGGAGAGGUGCUCGUUCAGGGCGUACUUUGUCGCGGCGACGCUCGUGAGUGGGUUGAUCUUCCCCGUGGUCGUCCACUGGUCGUGGGGAGACGACGGAUGGCUCGCACCGGUGCGGUCGCAGCAUAAACUGCUCUCCAGCGUUGGCGUGCUCGAUUACGCCGGGAGCGGUUUUGUGCACGUCGUCGGCGGCUGCGCCGCGUUUUGGCUCACAUAUCUCAUCGGCCCGCGUCAAGGGCGCUUCACCAAGGGCAAGCGAGCACCGAAUCCGAUGCCACAGCAAAGCCCAGUGUUUCAAGUCAUCGGGGGUCUCAUAAUGUGGUACGGCUGGUACGGAUUUACGUGCGGAUCCAUCAAAACCUUGGCUGGACCAAGGAUCGCGUCGCUCGCCCGCGUUGGUCUGAUACACACCCUCAGCGGCGCCGUCGGUGGAUGUACCGUGAUGGCGAUAGAUCUCUACUUGGAGCCGAACGUCUUUAUGCCGUUCCGAAUGAUUUACGGCUCGCUCUCCGCGCUCGUCGCAGCCAGCGCCUCUGCAGCGCACAUCCACAUUUCCAUCUCUCUCUGCAUCGCCUUCGUCGCCGGGUUUAUAUACGUCAUCACGUCACAUCUCAUGACGCACGUAUGGCGCCUGGACGACGUCGUCGAUGCGGUACCCAUCCACUUUUUUAACGGUAUCUGGGGCGUCAUCGCCGCCGCCCUGUUCAGCGAUAAACGGUUCCUCCAGCAGACGUACGGCGAGGCGUACGCGGGAUGUGGCCUCGUUUACGGAUGCGCCAAGGGUCCCGCUGUGCUGGGCAACGCAAUGCUUUACAUCGUUUCCAUCAUCAUCUGGGUAACAGUCACCUUUGUACCAGUGAUGUGGCUCAUCAAAAAGUACGGUUGGCUCCGAAUCUCGAGCGAACAGGAGCGCAUCGGUACCGAUGCGGCAUUACACGGCGGCGAGUCCUACCCUGAGUUCCAGUCGGCAAUAUUCAAUUUCAAGGACAAGAUCACAGGGAGCCAAUCCAAGUUAGAGAUGCGCGUUCGAGCCAGUGAGGCGGCAAAGAUUGCCACGACCUUGGCGGCGCUCAUGGACACCUCGGUCACGAGCGACGAGCAAAGUUUGCCGGAUUUUGACGAAUCUCCGUAA